GAAGAAGUUGACUUUGGACAAAACAAGACAAACUCUUAAUGUUCGUUUUGCUUCCUUUGUCAAAAAUGAAUAAAAGAGUUGCAAUUUAAGAGAUGAUGAGACUGCUUGAAAGCACAGAGAUGAUGGCAUUCAAGACUCUUACGUUCCUUUGCUGUGUGGUUCUCAUCAAUCUUUCCAAUGCACAAGAUCAAACAGGAUUCAUUAGCAUAGAUUGCGGGUUACAACCGGAUAAUUCGAGUUACACGGAGUCUUCAACAGGUAUAAACUAUGUUUCGGAUUCAAGUUACACCGAUACAGGAACCAGCAACUUCGUGGCGCCUGAGUAUAGAGUAAACAUGAUGCAGAGCAUGUGGUCUGUUAGAAGCUUUCCAGAGGGAAUCAGAAACUGUUACACGAUUGGUGUCAACAUAAGCGCCAAGUAUCUGAUCAGAGCGGCUUUUAUGUACGGAAACUAUGAUGCAAGGAACGAGCUACCUGGGUUUGAUCUUCACUUGGGUCCAAACAGAUGGGACAGUGUUGAACUGGAGUCCUCUGUGGGAACAGUGUCCAAAGAGAUCAUAUAUGUCGUGUUGACAGAUACGUUACAAGUGUGUUUGGUGAAUACAGGAAACGGUACACCUUUUAUAUCGGUUUUGGAACUUAGACAGUUGCCAGACUCAUCGUACGUAGCUCAAUCUGACUCGCUCCAACUCUUCCAACGGUUGGAUUUCGGGUCAUCGACGAAUCAAACGGUCAGGUAUCCAGAUGAUGUUUUCGAUAGGAUAUGGUUUCCUUCAACGCCUGAUGGGUCGAAGCAGCUAAGUUCUUCUUCGUCGCCUUCUCUCUCACGCAACAGUAGCAGUACGUUACGUCUUCCACAAGUUGUAAUGAGAACUGCAGUUGUACCAAACGUUUCGGGUGGUUCUGUGGAGUUUGGUUGGGUUCCUGAUGAUCCUUCUCUUGAGUUUUACUUUUACAUGUAUUUUAUGGAACUUGAAGAACCGAGUUCUACCUCUGUAGAGAGGAGAGAGUUUGUCAUUGUUUUAAAUGGAGAGGUUAUCUCUUCGCCGCUCAAUGUCACGUACUUGCGAAUCAAGGCUUUGACCACUGCAAGCCCUUUGAAAGCAGAGAGGUUUGAGUUUUCCAUUCGUCAGACUCGAGAUUCAACUCUUCCACCUCUUAUCAACGCUAUGGAGACUUACGUUGUAAAGAAGUUUCUGCAGUCUCCCACGGAUCAAACCGAUCUUUCUGCUAUGAAGAGUAUCAAGUCUGCAUAUAAAGUCAGGAAAAACUGGGAGGGAGACACGUGUGUGCCUCAAGAUUUCACGUGGGAAGGGGUGAAUUGUAGCUACAAUGGCACAGGCAUGCCUCGAGUAAUAGCUUUAAACUUGUCAUCCUUUGGAUUAACAGGAGAGAUAGCGUCUGAUAUAUCAGGUCUUUCACGGCUGCAGAUUCUGGACUUGUCAAACAACAACUUGACUGGACCAGUACCAGCUUUCUUAGCUAAACUUCAGUUCCUGAGAGUUCUGUCUGUAUUUACUCAGCAACACUUAACUAGUAAACGAGAACUCACGGCUCGGAAUCCAAGUAUAUGUAGUACAGGUGGCUGUGAAGAGUCCUCGCAAAACACAUCCAAGAAAAAGAAACUUCCCGGUUUUGUGAUUCCUUUAGCUGCAUCACUUGCAGGGCUCAUUCUCAUUGCUACUAUAUCUGCAGCUAUACUGUUUAUCUACAUUAGAAAGAAAAAACAAGGUCGAAUGAUUAGCAGGGCAGUCACAGCUUCAAGUAAUGGACCGUCAUUACGUCGGAGAGAUACUGGUUCAAUGCGUCCAUCACUGCAGCGAAGAGAAACUACUUUCUUCUCUGCACAUCCAUCUUUACAGAGAAUAGAGAGUAGUAUGACAGACCAUGAAGUGAAUGAAACAGCAGUGGAUGACUUUGAUAUGGAACCUGCAAAUAGAAAAUUUACGUACGCUGAGAUUGUGAAUAUCACAAAUGGGUUCGAGAGAGAUCAAGGGAAAGUAGGCUUUGGGAGAAACUAUCUCGGACAGUUGAAUGGUAAAGAAGUGACUGUCAAGCUUGUGUCUUCAUUGUCUUCUCAAGGCUACAAACAACUCAGAGCAGAGGUCAAACACCUUUUCAGAAUUCAUCAUAAAAACCUUAUAACCAUGCUUGGUUAUUGCAAUGAAGGCGAUAAACUGGCGGUUAUCUAUGAGUACAUGGCUAACGGAAACUUGAAACAACACAUCUCAGAGAGCAGUCCAACUGUCUUUAGCUGGGAAGAUAGACUUGGAAUUGCGGUCGAUGUUGCACAAGGACUUGAGUAUUUGCAUACUGGCUGCACUCCACCGAUCAUUCACAGAAACGUCAAGUGCACAAAUGUAUUCUUAGAUGAAAAUUUCAAUGCCAAGUUAGGCGGUUUUGGCCUUUCGAGAGCGUUUGAUGCAGCAGAGGGAAGUCAUAUGAAUACAGCCAUAGCCGGGACGCCUGGAUAUGUCGACCCCGAGUAUUACACAUCAAACAUCUUAACAGAGAAGAGUGAUGUGUACAGUUUCGGUGUUGUUCUACUAGAAAUUGUUACUGCAAAACCCGCGAUCAUAAAAGAUGAGGAAAGGAUGCAUAUAAGCCAAUGGGUUGAGUCUUUGCUCUCAAGAGAAAACAUUGUAGAGAUUCUUGACCCUAGCCUUUGUGGAGACUAUGAUCCAUCCUCUGCGUUUAAGACCGUGGAAAUCGCUGUGGCUUGCGUUUGUCGAAACUCUGGUGACAGACCUGGAAUGAGUCAAGUAGUGACUGCUCUUAAGGAGAAUUUGGCUGCAGAAGUUGAGAGGAAAAAGGAUUUGCCUAUUGUAUCAACAGAUUCAGUUGAAGAUCUUGCACUUGGCUUUGGUUCCAAUCCACCUCCUCGUUUGCGAUGA